CGCUGUUGUCGCUCCAAAUGCCGGUGCCGCUGCUCCUGUUGUUGCUCCAAAUGAUGAACCAAACAUUCCGCCCGCUGUUCAACAUACAAAAGAGAGAUAACAAUAAAUAUAAAAGGGGUCAACAUUGGCUUUUAGUACAGCUUGGAAGUUGGACACCAGCAGAUGUGUCUUUGUAUUUCUAAGAAUGUCGCUGCUGCUUAUUUUUAUAUUGGUUACAACAUUAUCUGCUCUAGCCUACAUUGGUUAUGUUCUGCACAAGAAAGGAAUUAAUCCAAAGGAAAUACGUGUGAACAGCAUACAGGGAGCAAAGCAACUGCUAACAUUGCCCUCAAAUGCUGGACCUCAACGUUAUUUGGCCAAAAAUGCUUGAAUCUUUACACAAUAAUACAAAUCCCUCUCAGCAACACCUGAGGAAUUGAGGAAAGUACUCACGUUUAGC